AUGGACCCUACUAUCGAAAGCGACAGCUACAGUCCGCUCCGCAGCGAACUCCCCGAGAUGUUUCGACCCCCCGUGAACCGCGCAAUGCGGGCUCUGGACCGAUCAUUCUUCAGAAAGACGAUACCGCUUUCUGCUGCGACUGUAUUCAAGAAUUCGGAUAUCUCAAAGGUGCGGGAUAAGCUGAUUAAGAGCCGGGAUCAAUUCGCACUGCCGCGUUUGAAUAGCGUCAAGGAAAUCAAGAAGGAUGAUAUUGUGAGGAAGUGCUUGCUGCUUAAAGAGGAGAUUAAACACAAUGACAUCGCGACGUGGUCGCCGACUGUUAAUGAGUUGGUCGAUAGUGGGGCUGUUGGGCUGGGGCCUUAUGACUUGACGCUGGAUUAUGAUUAUUGGAAUUAUUCCGAUAUUAUUGCUGCGAUCCUCCCAGAGGAUAUGCUUGAUGAGGUACCGCAGGGCUUCACGCAGGUUGGACACGUCGCCCACUUGAACCUCCGCGACCAGUACCUGCCAUGGAAGCACCUUAUUGCCCAGAUCAUCCUCGACAAGAACCCUACUAUCCGCACCGUGAUCAGGAAGACCGAGGAUGUAGGCUCGCAAAGCGAGUUCCGGACAUUCCCCUACGAGCACCUAGAGGGUGAGCGCAACAUGAACGUUAUUCAGCACGAGCAAGACUGCGAGUUCCACUUCGACUACUCUCGAGUAUACUGGAACAGUCGUCUGGAUACCGAGCACCGCAGACUCGUAGACAAAUUCCAGCCCGGCGAAAUAGUCUGCGACGUCAUGGCCGGUGUUGGACCAUUCGCGGUUCCCGCGGGUAGGAAGAAGAUUUUCGUUUGGGCCAAUGACCUCAACCCGCAUGGGUACGAGGUGAUGCAGGAUGCUGUGAAAAGGAACAAGGUGCAGAGAUUUGUCACUCCGCAUAACCAAGACGGAAGGAAGUUCAUCCAGUGGUCCGCGAAAGCCCUCCUGGAAGAGGAGCCCGUUACAGUGUCUAUACAACCGAAGGUGAAACGAUCGAGGAACGCCUCAAAGGAAGAGCAAGCACCUGCACCCCCGCCGGAAGUGUUCAACCGCCCAAAUGUUUUCGACCACUACGUGAUGAACCUCCCUGGAAACGCGCUCGAGUUCCUGGAUGCGUUCAUCGGCGUCUAUGAAGGCCACGAGGACCUGUUUGCACCGCACACCGAAAGGGCCCUCCCGAUGGUUCAUGUAUACUGUUUCUCGGGUCACUCUGAAAACGAAAUUGACGACCACAUCGACAUCUGCAAGCGCAUGUCCGAGAGACUAGACUACCCCAUCAGCACGGAGGAUCGGGUCGGGGGGUCUGGAAAUACAGAACUAGAGCUUUCCAUCUACAACGUGAGACUGGUUAGCCCUAACAAGCAGAUGUUCUGUGCUAGUUUCCGACUUCCUCGCGAUGUUGCGUUCAGGAAGAAGUGA